AUGGUAGCCGCGCCGUCAGAUCUCGCGGUGCCUAAGGGGAGGCGGGGAUCUUGGGAGCGAGAAGAGGAAAAACUUUAUUGGCAGUUUUCCCGCGAAGACACUAACACGCCCGGCCUGGAAGUGGAAGAAAGGGACGGGAUCGCUGCCUGUGGCCUGCAGAGGGCGCCGCGGGCCCGCGGUGGGGGCACCGCCCCGCCUCUCGGCCCUCUUCUGGGCGGAGCCGCCCAGCCGUGUCCCCGGCGCCACCGCCCUCUCGGCGUUCUUUGUGAUGCGCCCGGUGCGUCACGCCCCCGCCCCGUGCUUCCGUUUUCCGUUCCGCCGGCGUGUCUCGCUCCGCGGCCACCUCUUCCCCAACGCUACCCGCUCCGCACUCUGACUCGCUGCUCCUCUGUGCUGGCAGAGUGCGCCCAGAACGUAGCCGGACCCAAGGGUUUACCACAUUGGCUGGUGUAUCCGUCUGCUGUGCAACCCCAUUUAUCUCCGGGUCCCCAUCCCCUAGCAAGUCCCUGGCGCACAGUGAGCUCUGAUGAAAAGCAGCCCAUCUACCUCCUCCAACCAGACCAAAGUAGCCCAGAUGCUUUAUUCUCCAUGACUUGUAACACCUCAGUACCUUUGUAUUUGCUGUUCCAUCUACCUGGAGAGCCUUCCCAGGGAGCUAGAGGAGGGAGAGAUUUCUAUGAACUGAAGAGGGAGGAUACUGGGAUGAGGAUGCUUGUAAUGUGGUGCACACUGAUUACCAGAGCACAGCUGAGAUACUGUUGGGCCCUGUCCCCUCCCAAAGCACACAUCACAUCCCAGGGUGCACACCAGUAAAUGAUCAGAUUCUGGACAUGGGGAGCCAAGGACGGGGAAGGCAGAGAGAGGAGCAGAAUUGCAACCACUGUCAUCAUGAAGGAAGCUGGGUGAGAGAGCUGGCACAAGGUGGCAACAUUUGCAUAAAGAGGACAAACAACUGGAAAUACCGCCAGGGGGCGUGCAUAGAUGUAACACACCAGUCAUGCUCUUUCCCUGCGGUUACCAGGCGGGGUUUGAUCACUAUGCAUAACCUGAGAAAGAUAGACAAACUCAGCAGACAGAUAGAUAGGUUGGAGGUGCUUAGAUAGACAAAUAUGACCAGCCUCCUAAGCUCAUCCUGGUGUUAUGACUGGCCACACCAAAACGUAACAUCUCCAGUCUAUCUGAUAUCAUUGAACAGGUCUCCUCUAAGGCAAGGAGUUGGAUUCCCCUAGAAUACCUGCCAAAGUGCAGUGGAAGGGAAGGAGGUCUUGCCUGGGGGCAGUGGUCACUGGGCCUGGGUUUCUGUGCUGAUUCUGCCCUUAGCAACCUGGGUGACCUAGGGCAAGUCACUUAACAUUUCUGCGCUACACUUUUCUGACUUGUAAAAUCACAUGCUUGGGUGGCAGAUGCAGACUGUUAGUAAUUUUAAAACUUUAGAGAUCACGGAGGAGAAAACUGAGAACCAAAGAACUUAAAUUACUUGUCCAAAGCCACUUGAUGAGGGAGUGGAAUGACCGAGAGGAUGUGGAUUCUGGAACCAGGGCCAGUUCCACGUGAUGGUUCCAACACACCCCUCACGGUGCCCUCUAGUGAUCUACUGUCUCCUCAUCUCUCUUCCUCCUCUGCAGAACAGAGGAAUAGCAGCACCUACCUCCCAAGGUUUGGGAAGAAUAAAUGAGUACCUGACACAAGGAAAGCCUCCAAUAUAUGUUAGACCAGGCCUAUUUUUAGUGAUGAACCAGAGGCUCAUACCCACAAAUCUUUUCUUCCAGUCUUUCUAUGAGGCCACGUGCCCUGAUGAAGGUCCUUUUCAGCUCCCAAAUUCUAUGAUUCUAAGUUGGAAAGAUUAAGAUGCAAGUUAUUUCCAAAACUCUCCAGGCAGAAACACAAAAGCCUAUUUGAAGGAUUCAUUAUUCACUCUCUGUUGCCUCAGUCACUUUCUAUGGAUGAUGAUUCAUGGAGAAUAAUCACAGCAGAGAAGAUCUGUCCAAUGCUAGGAGAGAAGGCAGUAAAGCAAACUCCUUCGCAUGUUCAGCUCCUAUUCUCCAGUAUGCGUCUUCACUUGUUAAGCGGUGGCAGCGUUUCUUGGCCUCACUGCCUUUCUUCUCUGGGAAUUUGAGGCCUUCUCUUGGUAUAGACUGUUGCUAGUGCAGUCACUGCCCACCCAGCACCGCUCCUCAAAAUGCCGGGGAGAGGGUCCUGCCUCUCUGGCCAAGCAAAAGCCCUCACAGAAGCAGCUGUCACCAAUGGCACUGGCUCUUCUCAGGGUGUCCAGGCUGAAAUGUUUAGCAUGCCCCAGGUUGAUGUCUAAUCAGAGCUAUGAGAAUUCUCUGGCUUCUGAAAAACAACAGAAGAGACUUAAGAGCCAGCCUGGUGGAAGUAAAUAUGCAGAUAGCCAAACCUGAGAUGUGACCUCUUUUUCUCCUCACCCCAUGGUCUCAGGAGGAGAAGCAGGUGGCUUUUCUUUCCCUCUUGCUAACAUGUCACUCCCUGGCAAGCUGCCAACCACUGGUCCUUACUUACAGCUAGCUAGUGGAGAUGGCCAAGUGGUAUCUGAUAAAAUGAGCCUUUGCUCUGAGUUCCAGGCCAUGGUAAGGUUACAGGGCAGCCAGCACUGGGCCUCUGGAGUAUCAGAUGUUACAGAAUGUCCCAGGAGAGUCCUGGGUAUGAGCCAUUUUCCUUCCUGGUACAGUUUGCAUCCACCAGCAUUAGUUUGCACAAAUGCCGUAUUUCCCUUAGCUGUGCCCUGGCAUUCUUCACGUGUUCUUCAUAGUUCAAAAAUAUUUGCUUUUCCUGGCCCAGCAUGGUGGCUCACGCCUGUAAUCCCAGCACGUCGGGAGGCUGCAGUGAGCAGAUUGCUUGAGCUCAGGAGUUCAAGACCAACCUGGGCAACAUGGCAAAACCCUGUCUCUACAAAAAAAAAAAAAAAAAAAUUACUGGGCAUGGUGGCAUGUGCCUGUAGUCCCAGCUACUUUGGCGGCUUAGGUGGGAGGAUCACCUGAGCCAAGGGAGCUCAAGGGUGCAUUGAGCCGUGAUCACACCACUGCACUCCACCUGGUUGACAGAGUGAGACCCUGUC